GGGAUAACAGGCAGGAAAAACCACCAAACAAGAUCCAUUUCCCUCCUUCCUAAUCGAUCUAAAACCUCCCAAACCUUUCCCUCUCUCACCGACACUCUCUCUGGCAGCAGAUCUCUCUCGCGUCUCUUACACCAGGGAGGGACAGAGAUCGCUACUAAAAAUAUCGGAAUGGGAGCGGUUUCAAAGUACUCAAAGGGCUGGAUCUGGUGGCUGAUCGUAUUUGGAAUCGCAGCGCUUGUAGUUACAGCCGCUGUACUCACGAUCCGAAAGAAAUCCCACCGUUCGAGGGAGGCAGCUCCCGUCCCGGGCCCACCCGGUGCCAUUGCCAAGAAAUACGCCGAAGCUCUCCGUAUUGCCCUCCAGUUCUUCGACAUCCAGAAAUCUGGUAAGUUGGUGGAUAACAAGAUUUCUUGGAGAGGGGAUUCGGCUCUGGAAGAUGGAAAAGAAGCGAGUUUGGAUCUAUCAAAAGGACUGUACGAUGCCGGAGAUCACAUUAAGUUCGGUUUGCCUAUGGCUUUCACGGCAACUGUGUUGUCGUGGACGAUUCUUGAGUAUGGUGAUCAGAUGAAUGCAGUGAAGGAGCUCGCAUCUGCACAAGAUUCACUCAAGUGGAUCACAGAUUAUCUGAUCAAUUGCCAUCCUUCUGAGAAUGUUCUGUAUAUUCAGGUGGGUGAUCCUGAUGUAGACCACAAAUGUUGGGAGAGGCCUGAAACCAUGGCUAAGAAAAGGCCUCUCACACAGGUGAACACAUCUUCUCCAGGAACAGAGGUUGCAGCAGAAACUGCAGCAGCUCUGGCAGCAGCUUCUCUUGUGUUUAAAACCUCUGACGCCACAUAUUCGGAUACACUGCUUCGGCACUCCAAGCAACUAUUUACCUUUGCUGAUACUUACAAAGGUUCUUACAGUAUCAGCAUUCCUCAAGUCCAGAAGUUCUACAACUCUACAGGCUAUACAGAUGAACUCUUGUGGGCUGCUGCCUGGCUCUAUCAUGCAACUGGGGACCUUUCAUACCUCAACUACGUCACUGUACAAAAUGGCAAUGACUUUGCUGAUUGGGGCAGUCCAUCAUGGUUUAGUUGGGACAACAAGCUUGCAGGAGCGCAGGUUCUUUUGUCAAGGGUAAGCUUCUUUGGCUCAAAGAAGACCUCAAAUGCAGAGAACUCUGGUCUUCAGAAAUAUAAGCAAACAGCCGAUGCGGUUAUGUGUGGUCUUCUACCAAAUUCUCCGACAGCCACUUCCAGUAGAACAGAUGGUGGUUUGGUAUGGAUAAGUCAAUGGAAUUCUCUGCAGCAUCCUGUAGCCUCUGCAUUCCUUGCUGUUGUUUACAGUGAUUACAUGCUCUCAUCUCGGACCGCAACUCUGUCUUGCAGUGGGGCUUCCUACACACCCUCCGAUCUCCGCAAAUUUGCCAUUUCGCAGGCUGAUUAUGUCUUGGGUGACAAUCCGUUGAAGCUGAGCUACCUCGUUGGAUACGGGAGUAAGUACCCACUUCAGGUGCACCACAGGGGUGCUUCAAUUCCAGCAGACGACACAACAGGCUGCAAUGGCUUCAAGUGGCUGAAGUCGAAAGAUCCCAAUCCUAAUGUCGCUAUGGGGGGGCUCGUGGGCGGGCCAUUCCUGAAUGACACCUUUAUUGAUGACCGGAACAAUUCCAUGCAAACGGAGCCCACAACUUAUAACAGUGCAGUUGUCGUGGGCCUCCUCUCCGGCCUGGUCACUACCUCCUCUGUGGUCCAGUCGUUCGUCUAAGUCCACGUGCAUUCAUUGCUGGCGGGUGAUCUUGUUGUUGUAUAUACAAGAAGUGUUCGUCACUAAAUUCGGCUGCUCAUCUGUGCAUUAUUUUCACAAUAUUGGCGCAAGUUCUGCUAUUUUGGCACGUAUCCAUCUUCCACCAUUACUUCAUGUAUGGUCGUCUCGAGUGAUUAGAGUGGAAAGGGUAGUUUGGUCAUUUUAAUACAUGGGUAGCCCAUGAAGAGGAUUGCAUGAUACAAGAACCCAUCUUGGUGGGAUUAUUCUUUUGUUGUAACCUUUCGAUGAUUGUGCAUGCUUUUUUUCUUUUCUUUU